CCACACGUGAGGAAAAAAAAACUACAACUCCCAUGAGGCGAUGGGGUCCCCGGACUCCACAAUUCCCAGUAUCCUCUGGGAGGCCCAAGAGUGUCAGGCUAGUAGGUGGAGGGAGGCCCGUUAAUGUCUGCGGAAGCUAUGAAGCGGUCUUUGGGAAAGACAGCGUGUAAGGAGGCGCCUGCGAUCCCCACAGAGCAACUGGAUGUAGCUCGCGGCUUGGAGAACUUGCCUGUCAGCGCGUGGCCUCCGGGGGCGGGACCGAGGCCUGCGCCUUUCCAGUACACUCCUGAUCAUGUAGCUGGACCUGGAGCAGACAUGGAUCCCUCUCAAAUAACCUUUCCUGGCUGUGUCUGCAUGGAAACUCCCUGCCUCCCUGGCACUUGCUCCUGUCUUCGCCAUGCGGAGAGCUAUGAUGACAGUUUGUGUCUUAGAGACAUAGGGUUGGAAGCAGAGUAUGCCAAGCCUGUUUUUGAAUGCAAUGCCCUGUGCCUGUGUGGUGAGAACUGCAGAAACAGAGUGGUCCAGAGGGGUCUACAGUUCCACCUCCAGGUGUUCCAGACGGAUAAAAAAGGCUGGGGACUUCGUACCUUGGAAUGGAUACCCAAAGGAAGAUUUGUCUGUGAGUAUGCUGGGGAGGUUUUAGGAUUCUCUGAAGUACAGAGGAGGAUUCACUUACAAACAGCACAUGACCCAAAUUACAUCAUUGCCAUCAGGGAACAUGUGUAUAACGGGCAAGUCAUGGAAACCUUUGUCGACCCUACCUACAUAGGAAAUAUUGGAAGAUUCCUCAGUCAUUCCUGUGAGCCAAACCUGUUGAUGAUUCCUGUCCGGAUUGACUCAAUGGUACCUAAGUUGGCACUUUUUGCAGCCAAAGAUAUUUUGCCAGCAGAAGAACUCUCUUAUGACUAUUCAGGAAGAUUUCUUAAUCUAGUGGGCAGUAAAGACAAAGAAAGGAUAGAUCACGGGAAACUAAGGAAGCCUUGUCACUGUGGUGCCAGGUCGUGUGCUGCUUUCCUGCCCUAUGACAGUUCACUGUACUGCCACUUAGAAAAGCAAGACACCGGUUAGGAAGGAAGUUCCUGCCCACUGGUCUCUCUGUGCACAGAAUCAGAGGGAACCAAGCAUACAGGGCUCAACUGCUUCUGUGCUCCCCUCUUGUAAGCAACCCACCCUCAGGGAAGUCUGCCUUGUAGUCAGCAGCUUGCUCUUGUCUGUAAGAGGCCAGUGGUUGUCCAGCCUUGCCUCUGCCUGGGUGCCAAAGUUUGACUCAGGAAUGUGGCCCAGACUAUAAAAUGUCCAACAUUCUCUUUUCUCCCAGAAUACUUGCUUUCCUAAUUAGAUGUAGGAAGUGACUAUAUUCCAGCUAAUAGGAUAUAAGCAAAAAUGAGACCUUAAGUAUCAUCCUUCUAUAUCUUCCUGAAAACUGGGAUGCAUUCUUGAUGGCUGAAGUUGGAGACAGUCAACCAAACUCCAAGAUGACCCUGGGAAAGGGUCAGGCAGAGGAAAUCAACAAGAAUGAACUGUGCAUGUCUGGUACUGUAGAAAAUGCUGCUAGUCCUGAUCUGACACCUCUGGCCUUGUAGGUGAGAAGCCUGCAAGUUUAGGCCACUGUUACUUUGCAUUUGAUUAAAACUUACCAUGAUUCAGGAAAACCUUGGGUUGCAUACCUCCACCUUGCUUUCCAACCAGUUUUAUCAGUAAUAAAGCUGAUUCUUUUCUGUUUGA